AGCGGGGGGAAGAAAAAAAGGUAGGUGACAUGGCCCCAGGGGCCCACUAGGCGUUGAGGAGAAAGAGAAGAUGAGGAGAAAAAAAAAAAAGUUGCGUAAGGUGCAGGGUCAUUGCUUGGUAAAGUCUAGGUCACCGGAGCAUUGGCGUGCGGAGCCGAGGUCGGCGUCUGCGAGUGGGGUGUGUCACGGGAGGAGUCCCACCCAGCCUCGUGACCCGGCGGACUCGGCAGGGCGGGUGGGGGAGGGCGGCUAAGUGGAUGACAGAAAAAAAAACAAAAAACAAAACAAAACAAAAAAACAAACAGAUUAAUUUUUGCAGAAACAGAAUUACCUAACUGUGGAAGUUUUCAUUUGCUGUCCACACGCGUUCUGCUACCCUGAGGGGGAGAGAAGAGGUGUAGAAGGAAAAAGGGAAGAGAAAAAGGGGAAGGGAGAGGAAGAGAAGGGCUCUGGUGGUGGCUUCUCUUUUGGAACUUCCCAAGGCAGAGCGAGCCCUCCGGGGCACGUGUGGUGUUUUCCUGCUGCUGUGGUGGUGGACCCUGUGGAGCACAGGACGGAAUUCAUGAUCAUCAUCAGUGUUUUAGUAUUGUUCGUUGUUGCUGUCUUUCUGUCUCAUUUAUACGAAUAUGAUGUGUGACCAACCAAACAGAUUCAUUACAAUUUUUCAGGUCACCAUAGUUUCUACAAGAAAAGAAAAAAAGAAAAAAAAAAAAGAAGAAGAAGAAGAAGAAAGAAAACUCUUGCCUCCAGAAUAUGAUGGCAAGUCACAUCGUAAAACCUGAUACUAGAAAUUGCAAGAGACCAAGAGAGCUGGAGCCUCAAAUGCCAGAUAGUCCACAACUGUCUUCUCUUGGAAAAUCAGAUUCCUCUUUCUCUGAAAGCUCUGGACUGUUUUAUAAAGAUGAAUCCCUGGAGAAAGAUUUGAAUGAUAUGAGCAAGGAAAUUAAUCUAAUGUUGUCUACAUAUGCAAAGAUCUUAAGUGAGAGAGCAGCAGUAGAUGCAUCUUAUAUUGACGAGAUAGAUGGACUCUUCAAAGAAGCCAAUACUAUUGAAAACUUUCUAAUACAAAAAAGAGAGCUCCUGAGACAGAGGUUUACAGUGAUUGCAAACACAUUGCACAGAUAAAAUUGUGUACUUAACAUAAGCUGAGAAUUUAAGCCCAUUAUUGUACUAAAAGAAUGACAUUAAUGCUCUGAAAGCUCUCUAGUUACUAAAGAAAAUGUGUACCUUAAAUGUAGAAGGGGAAAUUCCUUGCAUUUCUUUUCUAGAUUUAAAAGAGGCUUUAAACUGGACAUUAAUAUGAAGUAUGUAGCUUUCUUUUUUUUGAGGGUUGAAUAUUUGGCAUAUUUCAUAGAAAUAUAAAUUAUUUAAGUUCUCUGUAGAUUUUUUUUUUAAACCUCCUAGCCUUUCUUAAAAUUCUAAAAGAGAACUCAGUGAGUUAAUUUGAUAAUGUUUAACAAUAAUGCACUUCUUCUUUUAGAAUACUCUGUCUAAAUAGCAGAUAGAUAGCUAUGGAGAUAGUUUUUUAUUGGAGAUAGUUUUAAAUGGUUUUCAUGGUCAGUAUUAUUAAAAAAAAACUAAAACCUCAAGGUAAUUUGUCCAGUUUCACAAUAUGUAAUAAAAUAUGACUCAACUA